UGAUCGAAUUGCGGAGGUAAGAGCCCUUCGGAGUGUCCAGAUCCAAAAUAGGAGGGCAAAGUGAAGUAUGAAAAUCAUCCGUCCGUUGUUGCAAAAGCGUCUCCUUCGCAUCCCAUUUCCAUCUCCAUCUACCCCAAAGAAACAGCACUUGCAUUCUCUUCCCAACUUCCAUCAUCAAUUCAACACCCCACAUCUCAUCACCAACUCUCAUCACCACCGUCCGUAUUCCUUGGUUGAGUUUGGAAGUACCGUAGAUUCCAUCCAUGCCAUCUCCUCAGACCCAUGCCUUUUCCUCUUAGGCUUCUGCAACGAUAUCGCCUCUCUCAAGAGAAUCCAUGCCCAGCUCAUUGUUCAUGGCCUCACUCACAACCUCCUCUGUCAAACCAAACUCGUCAGCCUCUAUGGCUUCUUUGGCAACGUGGACCAGGCACGGUCCAUCUUCGACCGGAUUAUCAACCCAGAUCUCUAUUCUUGGAAAGUAAUGGUCAGAUGGUAUUUCCUUAACGAUUCCUAUUCGGAACUCAUCCAAUUCUACGAGCUUAUGAAGCAAUGCAUUAAAGAACAUGAUAAUGUUAUUUCCUCAAUCAUGUUGAAGGCGUGCACCCAUCUGCGUGAUUCCGACCAUGGGAUGAAGCUCCAUUGCCAGAUUGUUAAAGUGGGGAGCCCUGACAGUUUUGUACUCACUGGUCUGAUCGAUAUGUAUGCCAAAUGUGGGAUGGUCAGAUCCUCACGCCUAGUGUUCGACGAAAUUUCUGAGAGAAAUGUGGUCUCUUGGACUUCCAUGAUCGUUGGGUACGUGCAGAAUGAUUGCAUGGAAGAUGGGUUGGCUCUGUUCAAUCAAAUGAUACUGGCAGAAACCGAGCCUAACCAGUUCACGAUUGGUAGCUUGCUUACAGCAUGCUCAAAGCUGCAUGCUUUGCAUCAGGGAAAAUGGGUCCAUGGUUAUAUGAUCAAGAAGGGUAUAGAAUUGAACUCCUUUGUAGUAACUGCACUGCUUGAUGUGUAUGUGAAGUGUGGAACAGUUGCUGAUGCUCGCUUGGUAUUUGAUGAGCUGCCUACCAUUGAUCUUGUCUCAUGGACUGCCAUGAUCGUCGGGUACACGCAUAGAAACUACCCUGCCAAGGCCUUGAAUCUGUUUACAGACAAGAAGUGGGCAUGUCUCGUGCCCAAUUCAGUUACAGUAGGGAGUGUUCUUUCAGCCUGUGCCCAGUCGUGCAAUUUGAAUUUGGGUAGAUUGGUUCAUAUGCUUGGGAUUAAACUUGGAUUGGAAGAGGAGGUUACGGUGAGGAAUGCUCUUGUAGAUAUGUAUGCGAAAUGUGGAAUGCUUGGAGAUGCUUUUAAUAUAUUUGAAAGGAUUUUGCACAAGGAUGUUAUCGCGUGGAAUGCGAUGAUAUCUGGUUACUCUCAAAAUGGGUUGAGUUACGAAGCUUUGUCAUUGUUUCAUCAGAUGAGGUCGGAUAAUUUCUUGCCUGAUGCAGUCACCAUGGUUAGUGCCCUCUCGGCUUGUGCUUGUUUAGGAGCUCUACAGGUUGGUAGUUCAUUCCAUGCUUUCACAGAGAAGAAUGGCUUUUUAUCAAACAUCUAUGUUGGCACUGCCCUUCUAAAUUUGUAUGCUAAAUGUGGGGAUGCAGUAUUAGCUCGCUGUGUCUUUGAUCAUAUGGAUGAGAAGAAUACAGUGGCAUGGAGUGCAAUGAUGGGUGGGUAUGGCAUGCAUGGAGACACUAACAACUCUCUUGCACUCUUUUCUGAUAUGGUGAAGGAGGAAUUGCAGCCCAAUGAUAUAAUCUUCACAAGCAUUCUAUCCUCUUGUAGCCACACGGGGAUGGUUGGGGAGGGAUUGAAGUAUUUCGAUGCUAUGGGCCAAGAAUACCAUGUCAUUCCUUCCAUGAAACAUUAUGUUUGUAUGGUAGAUCUGUUAGCUCGGUCCGGCAAGCUUGAAGAUGCACUAGAGUUUAUAGAGAAGAUGCCGAUACCAGCAGAUGCUAGUGUAUGGGGAGCUUUUCUCCAUGGUUGCAGACUCCAUAUGAGGUUGGAGCUGGGAGAGGUGGCCAUGAAGAGGAUGCUUCAAUUGCAGCCUGAUAGUGCAGGAUACUACGUGCUUAUAUCAAAUUUGUAUGCUUCAGAUGGCAGGUGGAAUGAGGCUGCCCAGGUGAGGGGUUUGAUGAAGGAAAGACGGUUGAACAAGUUGCCCGGGUGUAGCUUUGUAGAGAUGGAUAAUAGUAUUCACUCCUUUACAUUGAAAGAGAUGUCAAUCCCAUAGUCAUCUACAUCGCUUGAUAGGAUCUAACCACAAAAAUACUGUAUUUUCCUCUUUUUCUAAAAAAAGAAAAAAGAAAAAAAGA